GACAAUGUCCAAAUUGGGUGGAUCUAAGAUUCUUGGGUAUCCUGGGGCUCAGUAGUGGAUCUGCUGCGAUGACCUACCUGGUUCACACAUCCCAUGCCCAGCUUGCCGCCCAUUGGCUCGGCUUUGUGGGGUGGACAUUCAUUGCUGUGGCCGUUGGAAGUAUCCAGUGGAGGGUUUGGCAGGUGUCCGACAUUGGCGUCAUCACCUCUGGCAAGGCAUGGGUGGGCAUCUGGAGGGUCUGCUUCAACAGCCACACCCUGGUGACCCCUGAAUUCAAGGUCAUGUACUGCAGGAGCAUCAGCCUGACUGACACCUUCACACCCCCUGAGAUCGCAGCGGCCCAGGUCCUCAUGCUCUUGGCGCUCAUCGUGGGGUUAUGCGGGAACGCUGGAAGCAUUUACGCUCUAAGGAAUGUCUACCUCGGGCUGGACAAGAGCUUGCCGAUUCGCUCUGUGUUCGCUGCCUCUGGAGCCCUGUGCCUGCUGGCUGCCGCGAUGUCACUCGUGCCCCUCCUGUGGAACCUGAGCUCGGUCGUGACCAAUAAGACUGUCCGAUUCCCCCCUGACUUCCACAUGCCCGAGGUGCCCGAGGAACAGUAUGUUGGGUCCAGCAUUGGGCUCGGGAUCAUAGGUGCGGCCCUGAUGACCACAUCUGGAGUUAUUUUCUUAACCUACAGGCUGCCUGCCAGGUCGCGGCACAGGACCCACCCCUCACUGAGAGAGCAGGUGCAUCCGGAAGGGUCAGCAUCUCCGGGACAUGAAUCUGGGACAAUGACAAACUCCAGAGGAAGAGAUAAUCCGGCCUUUGAGUCUCAUGAACACUCGUGA